UCUAUCAUGAGCAUUUUUUUCCCCAUUCAUUCUUAGCUGUGCAGAGCAUCCCUCCUGCACACACACACACACACAGACACACACACACACACACACACACAGACACAGUUAUCCACAGACACGCUACAGCUACAAUACUGAAACGUUUUCGGGUCUCAAUGCGAGGAGUCUGGAGCUGAGACUUGUACGGAAGGAAGGAAGGAAGAAGGAAGGGAAGAAGAAGAAGAAGAAGAAGAAGAAGAAGAAGAAGAAGAAGAAGAAGAAGAAGAAGAAAAAGGGAGGAAUAAACUCACAGCAAAGACAAGUGGGUCCAGGUUCACAAUGGGCAAUGCACCUUCACAAGGCAUGUCUUCUAUCUCCAUGCAUACUUAAGUAGCAGGCCCGCAGACUGCCCAGGCUAACGAUGGGGGCCCCAAUCAGUGUUUCUGUGGACUGCCUGAUUACACAGCGUGUAUAGACCCUGAGCGUCACGGCGCACACAUGAUCUCGACGGAUGACGCCGAGUAUCCGCGGGAGUUCCGGACGCUGGGGAAUGGGGGGGGCGGGCGGCGCUUCUCCAACGUGGGGCUGGUGCACACGUCCGAGCGACGGCACACGGUCAUCGCGGCCCAGAGCCUGGAGGCGCUCAGCGGCCUGCCCAAGAGAGACGCAUUCCUCGAUCACCUGAAGAACAAGUACCCCCCUCACCACUCCCCCCACCACUCCUUGCCCUCCCUCCCGCACCAGGGCUCGCCGCAGCACACACAGCACUCGCCAGCAGGGGGCAUGAGGGGCCAGCAGGACAGGGUGCGAGAGCAGCAGCAGCCCAACUACUGGAGUUUUAAGGCCCGCAGCCCCAGGCACUCCCAGAGCACACAGUCUGGGCUGGCGGACCAGGCCAGUAAGCUCUCCUUCGCCUCAGCUGAAUCCCUGGAGACCAUGUCUGAGGCCGACAUUCCCAUCGGAUUCAACCGAAUGAACCGGCUCCGACAGAGCCUGCCGCUCUCCCGAUCCACUAGCCAGACCAAGCUGAGGAGCCCGGGUGUGCUGUUCCUGCAGUUCGGGGAUGAGACGAGGCGUGUGCACAUCACCCACGAGCUGAGCAGUGCGGACACGCUCCACGCCCUCAUCGUCCACAUGUUCCCGCAGAAGCUGACCACGGGCAUGUUGAAGAGCGCCAACACGGCCAUACUGAUCAAGGACGAGGCGCGCAACGUCUUCUACGAGCUGGAGGAUGUGCGCGACAUCCAGGACCGCAGUGUCAUCAAGAUCUUCCGCAAGGAGCCGCUGUACGCCUCGUACCCGGGCUCGCACCUCGCCAACGGGGACCUGCGGAGAGAGAUGGUGUACACCUCCCGUGACUCCUCCCCAACCCGACGCCUCAACAGCCUCUCCCCCUCCCCUCACCUCUCCCCCUCCCCUCACCUUUCCUCCUCCCCUCCCACCUCCUCCUCCCCGUCCCGCUCCCGUCUCUCCUACACCGGUGGCGGCAGCGGCAGCAGCAGGCCACCCUCCUAUGCCGGACCCUCCCACUCCGGGCACCCGCAUCACCACCACCCCUCCUCCUCAGGCCAGGGCCCCCCCCCCGCAGGCAUCUCCCCCUCCCCCAGCGCCAUCCUGGAGCGCCGGGACGUGAAGCCGGACGAGGAGCUGUCGGGUCGGGGGGUGCUGCUGAAGAGUGAGGGUCUGUACGCAGACCCCUACGGGCAGGUGCAUGAGGGCCGGCUCAGCAUCGCCUCCACGCAGUCCCUGGCUGCCAUGGGAGACCCCUUCACCUACCCUGUCUCCAGCGGGCUGUACAGGAGGGGCUCGGUGCGCUCCCUCAGCACCUACUCCGCCGCUGCCCUGCAGGGAGAGCUGGAGGACACCCUGUACAAGCCGGGGGGGCCCCUGUACCCCGAUACCUAUGCCCCCACUUCCUCCAUCGGGAUGGGGUUCCGUGUGCCCCACUCCUCCUCCUCGCCCCAGAAGAUACCGGACGGGGUGCAGCUGAGGGACAGGGGGGACCCCUCCUCCUCCCCUUACUCUGGGUCCCCCAGCCGUGCCUCCCCGGUCCGCCAGUCUUUCAGGAAGGACUCAGCCUCGUCGUCCGUGUUCGCGGAGAGCCCCAAGUCCCGCAGCGGCAGCGCCUCGGAUCCCCCUGCUCUGUCAGGGGGAGGGGGCGCGGAGGUGGGGAGGCUCAGCUCUUCGGGGUACGGGUCCCCCCUGCCUGCCAACGGGACUGAGACAAGAGAGAGGAUGGAAGCGAUGGAGAAGCAGAUAGCCAGCCUGACCGGCCUGGUGCAGAGCGUGCUGACCCGGGGCCCGGACAGCGACUCCAAUGAGAAGACGGAUUCCACCAGCGAGGGGUCGGGGACUGGCACUGCAAAGUUGAAAAAGACAGCUCUCACCCCCUCCUCCUGCAGCGCCAUGGCGACGCCUACCCCCCCGGCCCCGCCUCCCCCCCCUUCCGCAGCUCCGCCGCAGCCCAACUCAGUCACGCGCCUGCAGAUGCAGCUGCACCUGCACGGCCUGCAGCAGAACGCCAGCGACCUGCGAGACCAGCUCAGCCAUCUGCGAAAGAUGCAGCUCCAGAACCAGGACUCCGUGCGGACCAUGCUGAAGCGCACGGAGACGGAGAUCAGCGUGCGCGUGACGGACGCCCUGCGCAAGCAGGAGGAUCCACUGCAGAGACAGCGCACCCUGGUGGAGGAGGAGAGACUCAAGUAUCUCAACGAGGAGGAGCUGAUUAUACAGCAGCUGCAUGACCUGGAAAAGUCAGUGGAUGAGAUCCAGAAGGACUCCUCAGUGAAUCACAGGCUGGUCACCGUGCAGGAGCUGGAGGAGAAAGCGCUGGUGCUGCGCAAACUGGGAGAGACGUUAACGGAGCUCAAGAGUCAGUUCCCCAGCCUGCAGAGUAAGAUGCGUGUGGUGCUGAGGGUGGAGGUGGAGGCAGUGAAGUUCCUGAAGGAGGAGCCUCAGAGACUGGAUGCCCUACUGAAGCGCUGCAAGAGCGUCACAGACUCACUGACCAACCUGCGAAGGCAGGUUAACGAGGGAAUCUGGAAAAGCCACGAAGACCUGGCUAAUCAAUCCCCGAAACUCAUGGACGAUUUCGGCAAGAACUCGGACUUCCACAUUCCCACCAGCCCACCCCUGAACUUUCAUGAGCUGGGAGGAGUGGGAGGAGGGGGCGUGUCGAGUCUCUCCUCCUGGCAAUCCCACAGUGCCUCGGGGCUGGGCUCCCAGAAUUCCCCUGCCCACUCGCAGAGCUCUCAGACCGUACCAGUCAAGAGCAGAGUGCUGGAUGAGCUGGGGGGCCGGAGGACAGUGGACAAGUCUGUCUCUGUGGAGGCUGCGGAGAGGGACUGGGAGGAGAAGCGUGCCAGUCUGACCCAGUACAGCACUCAGGAUAUCAACCGACUGCUGGAGGAGACGCAGGCUGAGCUCAUGAAGGCCAUUCCUGACCUCGACUUUGUUGCCAAGCAACAGAAGCUGUCCGGGGGGGUGUCCGGGGGUCAGGGGAGCCAGGGGGGGCCAGUUCCUGUGGUGACGGCUCAGAGCGCCAGCGGCAAUGCCAGCCCCACCCCCGAACACCGGCCUGGCAAACCACAACACCCUGCCCAGAAACUCAACACAAAAACAGAACACAGUGUGCGCAGGGGAUCAGAUGAGCUCACGGUUCCUCGCUAUCGCACAGAGAAGCCCUCCAAGUCUCCGCCCCCCCCACCCCCCCGUCGUAGCUUUCCCUCCUCCCACGGGCUCACCACCACGCGUAGCGGCGAUGUCAUCGUCACCAGCAAGAGCAUAAAGAAGUCGGACUCGGAGGAGACAGAGUCGUUGCCGAAGCCCCAGGUGAAGCUGCGGAGGAGCGUGUCCGAGGCGCCCCGGCCAGCCUCCACCCCCCCCAUCAUCGCAUCGGGGGUGAGAGACGAGGACGAUGAGGACAGGAUCAUCGCGGAGCUCGAGACCAGCAGUGGGUCCCCCUCCACCACUAGGGGGCUCCACUCAGCAGCCUCCAGACUGAAGCACAUUCAGCAGAGCAGCCCUGAGAAGAGUAAGCAGAGCAGGACUCGAGAGGAGUGCGGGAGACUGCAGGGCCAGCAGCAGGCCCUUGGAUUCAGCAAAGCGUCCGCGGAGCCUCAGCAGCCCCCGUCUGCCAAGUCCGUGAGUUUCUGCGACGGCAGUGGCGUGUUCGCGCCAGGGUUGAAGAAAUACCCCCAGGACCGCAGCUCCUCCUCUUCUCUCCCCUCCUCCCGUCACCCCCCCUCCUCGAGCCAGGCCAGGGCUCUGCUCUCCAGCCUCUCUGCUGAAGCACUGCUCUCCUCCAGCUUCAGACAGCGGCUGGUAAAGGAGCCCCAUGCCUCCCCCCCCUCCUCCUCCCCCCGUGCUUCCCUCUCCCCCACCCCGCUCCCCCUGCCCAACGGUCGGCCAGCAGCCUCCUCUCCCCCCGCUGCCCCUCCCCCGACGGGACCCCUCUCCUCCCUCUCCCUCUCGCUGUCCUCGCUCGGACUCAAGUACCCUGCACUCAACAGCUUCAAGGAGAGGGGGGCCAGCAAGGCCCUGCCCAAGCCGGUCAGCCACGGAGCCACGCAUUGACACGGCCACGCGACAAACACAAGCGAGAGAGGGAAAUACAAACAACCACGGAGCCACGCAGUGACACGGCCACGCAAGGAAACAACCACAGAAAAAAAUGAAGAGGCAAUAACAAUUCGACAAACUGCCCAGCAAGUGAGAAAGCGAGCAAACCAGACUCCGCAGAUCUGAGGGACGCUUUCCUUAACCCAGCAGUAGAAGCAGCAGCUAUUCUGAAGACACGUAUGCAAUGUGCUGUACUGGUUACCGGACUGCUAGAUUGUUAUCCAGUAUACACAAAGGUUCAAUGAUUUAUAGAAUAUUGUAUAUGGUUCAAGUCAUUCUGACCUUUGGUAAAAAAAAAACCAAAACAGCUUUUAUCUUACACUGCAACACAUUUUUUGUUAUAAGAAUCAUUUAAAAAGAACAGCUAACCCUGACGCCAUUUCCACCUCACUUUGCGCUUUGCAAUAUCGUCCACUAGAGAGCAGUAUAGAGCCAAACGUAAAAGUAAGAAGUGAAAUCCUAGCGGUGUAUUUUUUAUUUAUUAUUUAAGGUGGCAUCACAACUUUAACAAAAAUAACCCAAAUGUAAUUAAGAAUUUAAUUUAAGAUUUUUUUUUUUUUUUGUUAAAAUUCUGAUGCCGCCUUUGAAUACAAACAUCAAUCUCUCUUUUCUACUUUCACCUGAAGAAGAGACCUUUGAGGUCUUGAAAGCAUUGUGAUUAAUUAUUGUUCAGUUCGUCCAGUAAAAUGUGUCUAAACGUAUGUGCAACGUAAGUCUUUCUGGAGAGACUUUCUUACCGGCAAUAUAAUUUGUACUGGUAAUAAGAAAUCCCCAAAAGACCGCAGCCGGUGGCUUAUACACUGUUACGUGUAUAAUAAUAUGAGGAGAUCGAGAACCGGGGGCGUGAACUUGGGCACACACUGAAUCGCCCAGGUGAUUCCUAGCAGGUCAACAAAAUCCAAUCAACGUCGAUGUUAAAUCUCUGGAAUCGUAUCACACCUCGGAGAAGGACAGGUCAGUUAUUGAUGUGUAUUAUUAUUAUUGUUGUCGUGUGCAGCGUUUGUUAGUAGAAGUUGAAUUGAAGUAGACUGGUAUAUUUUUGUCUAAAAACACGCUUGCUAUCAAAUUUUUUGUUUCAAUUGUCACGCUGGUGUAAACGCAAAAAAAAUAAGAAAACGUUGAGUUGUUUGCACAAAAAUAUAUCAUGUUCAAAAUAAAAUGUAAAAAUGAAUACAGUAUACCGAUAUUUAAAAGUGAAACGUUCUUCGACGUGUUUCCUGGUAAACGGCCAAAAUUGCCGGCGUUUUUAAACGUUUGGAGUGGCGUACUGGGAACUGUAGCCUGUAUAUGACAAUGCAGAGAUAGUAAUACGCGCUGUAAAAUAAAUUAAUACAUACAUUAAUGUAACCUGCUGGCAGAGUCGGAACAACGGAUUCUCGCCAUACAUGAUAUGUUGAAAAUAGCUGAAAAAAAUGGAUUUAGACACAUAAUAAAUAUUUUUUUUCAUUGAAAAGUGCUGCGAUGAUUUGCGUCUUCCAUAUGCCCCAUAUACAGUAUGUAUCUGUCCCCAUAUAACUGGUCGCCGUGCAGGAAAGCGUUAAUAAGGAUGCAAAACACUAACGCUUUCAAAACUAACCAGUGAAAUAUGGAGUAUUUUAACCAUAGGUAAUUGUUAAACUAUUUAUUAUUAUUAUUAACAAUAAUAAUAAUAAUAAUGAUACUGCUGACAGAAUAUAUUUACAACCACAUAUUGCUGCAGUAGCAAGAUCAAAGUAGAGGAAGCUAAGACUGUUUGUGUAUUUUCAUAUCAGAAGUUAUAAUUAAUAGAUUUGAACAUUCGAUACUGUUUAUUAAUCACACGGUGAUGGUGAAGCAUUCUUCACACGGUGAUGGUAAUGCAUUCUUCACACGGCGAUGGUAAUGCAUUCUUCACACGGCGAUGGUGAAGCAUUCUUCACACGGUGAUGGUAAUGCAUUCUUCACACGGCGAUGGUGAAGCAUUCUUCACACGGUGAUGGUAAUGCAUUCUUCACACGGUGAUGGUAAUGCAUUCUUCACACGGCGAUGGUGAAGCAUUCUUCACACGGUGAUGGUGAAGCAUUCUUCACACGGUGAUGGUAAUGCAUUCUUCACACGGCGAUGGUGAAGCAUUCUUCACACGGUGAUGGUAAUGCAUUCUUCACACGGUGAUGGUAAUGCAUUCUUCACACGGCGAUGGUGAAGCAUUCUUCACACGGUGAUGGUGAAGCAUUCUUCACACGGUGAUGGUAAUGCAUUCUUCACACGGCGAUGGUGAAGCAUUCUUCACACGGUGAUGGUGAAGCAUUCUUCACACGGUGAUGGUGAAGCAUUCUUCACACAGUGAUGGUGAAGCAUUCUUCACACAGUGAUGGUGAAGCAUUCUUCACACGGUGAUGGUAAUGCAUUCUUCACACGGCGAUGGUGAAGCAUUCUUCACACGGUGAUGGUAAUGCAUUCUUCACACAGUGAUGGUGAAGCAUUCUUCACACAGUGAUGGUAAUGCAUUCUUCUCACGGUGAUGGUAAUGCAUUCUUCACACGGUGAUGGUGAAGCAUUCUUCACACGGUGAUGGUAAUGCAUUCUUCACACGGCGAUGGUGAAGCAUUCUUCACACGGUGAUGGUAAUGCAUUCUUCACACGGUGAUGGUGAAGCAUUCUUCACACAGUGAUGGUAAUGCAUUCUUCACACGGUGAUGGUAAUGCAUUCUUCUCACGGUGAUGGUAAUGCAUUCUUCACACGGUGAUGGUAAUGCAUUCUUCACACAGUGAUGGUGAAGCAUUCUUCACACGGUGAUGGUGAAGCAUUCUUCACACAGUGAUGGUAAUGCAUUCUUCUCACGGUGAUGGUAAUGCGUUCUUCACACGGUGAUGGUGAAGCAUUCUUCACAUGGUGAUGGUGAAGCAUUCUUCACACGGUGAUGGUGAAGCAUUCUUCACACGGUGAUGGUAAAGCAUUCUUCACACAGAGUACAAUCAAUGUUUUAAUAACAUGGUGAAGAUUAAAAUGUGUGAAGGAAGAACAGAUAGUGGAGGACGAGGAGUUUUUUAAAAAUAUUUUGUUUGCUUUUUUAAAAUAAAAUAUCUUAAAUAUCUAAAAGCACAGAAUAAAUUAUACAAUGUAAACUGUAGCUUACUAUUUUGUAGAGCAUAGCAGAACAGUAACGAAUCGGUGAAUUGUGGCUGAAUCGGGAUCCUUUCUUUACAUGGCAUAUUGUACCUUAAUAGAAGUUUGUAUCGUCAUACAAGAACAAAAGCACAACAUUGUAGCUCAUUGUAGUUCACCAAGUGGUCCGUGAAUGAAGAAUAAAUGUACUUAUUAUAGCUGGCAUGAGCACACACUUUCCCUGUCAUAUUCAUUUUUUUAACAAAAUGGUUCCGGCCUUAAAUGACCAAUCAUAUUGUGCUUUAUACAAGCGGCCCAUCAGGACCAUCGCAUGUAUCGCGAUGCAUAUCGCAUCGUAUUGUGAUGCAUAUCGUAUCGUACCGGGAUGCAUAUCGCAUCGUAUUGUGAUGCAUAUCGCACGGUGCUAGGUAUUGUAUCGUGAUGCAUAGCGUAUCAUGAUCGGUAUCGUAUUGUGAUGCAUAGUGUAUCGUGAUGCAUACCGUAUCGUGAUAGAUAUUGUAUCGUGAUAGAUAUUGUAUCGUGAUGCAUACCGUAUCAUGAUAGAUAUUGUAUCGUGAUGCACAGCGUAUCAUGAUACGUAUCGGAUCGUGAUGUAUUUCGUAUCGUGAUGUAUAUCGUAUCGUGAUGUAUAUCAUAUUGUGGUAGGUAUCGUAUCGUGAUGCAUAUCGUAUCGUGACACACAUCGCAUCGUGAUAGGUAUUGUGUCGGAAUGCAUAUCGUAUCGCGAUGCAUAUCAUAUCGCGGUAGGUAUCGUAUCGUGGAAGGUAUCUUAUCGGGAGAUUCGUGUAUCGUGACACCCUAGGGAUACAAAGUAACAUUAUUUGUAAAAAUUCUAAUAAUUUCAAUUAAAGAUUAUAUAUAUAUAUAUAUAUAUAUAUAUAUAUAUAUAUACUGACAUGUUAAGACAAUCAGUAUUUUGUUAUUUCCCUAGCAGUGUGCUACUUUAUCCAGGUUCAUCCCUGACUGGGUAUUAUUUAGGAAACCUGCUGUGCAGUUCAGUCUGCUAGCAGUACAUCAGGUAGCGAUGCUAGGAGAGAGUGCAUUGCCAUGUCACUGGCCUCUGAGUUUCUGAUGUGGGAAGAUUAUGGAACGUUUUACUUAUUGAAACUUUUUUUUUUAAAAGCCAACAAAAAAGUUAUUGAUAUUUAUAUAUCUAUAUGUACACACCAGAAUAUAUUAAAAAAAAUCACAACACAAAACAAGGCCAAACAUGUUAACUUUUGAUCAGGCAUUGUAUAAAACAACUGAGCACAAACUAUGUAUACCUUAUGUAUCACAAAACAAACACAAAAACUGUGUACUACUGAGAACAGUGACUUAGUGAAGGGACCUGAUACAGCACGUUACAAUGUGCUACUUGUACAGUUCAGUUUUGAGAAGCUUUGCAUGAGAGCUUUAAGAAGACACCUGGUUAGUUAUCGAUAAUUCGUACCUGCCUAAAAAGAGUUACAUAUGGAAACGCAGGAAUACACUGUGGUGAGCCUCGCAGUAAAAAAACAGAACAGUCAUCCCUCCUGCAUUUAAGCACAAAAAUAUUUAAAUACAUUUUAAGAAAAAAAGGAUAUCUUUAUGUUUAUGUAUUGAAUUACUAUAUAGUGUUAAGAAAAGUGUGAUAUAUAGAUUAAAUAUUAUAUAAUGUACAAUUUUAAACAAAUACUCUUCUCAUCUCUAUCGUUAUUUGUAUAAUUAAGCCUUAUUUGUACAGAUUUUAUUUGACAAAUAUUGACCAUUUUAGCAGAUAAUUUAAAUUGCAAUCAAUCUUCAUAUUUUUAGUGAGUAUUAACAUUUUUAUAUUUAGUUCAAAUAUAUAUGUACAUAUCACUAUAUAUAAUAUAUAUAUAAAGUUAAUAAUAUUCAUUUUAGAUUAUAUGAUUUUUUUUUAAGCUUGUGUACUUCAAAUCAGCCUUUUUAGUCUUACAGUAGCCUGUCAGGGUUUGAAAUAAGCACAGUUAGAGGAAUUACAAUAGCGCCCUUCCAUGGACUGUUUACCUGGUUUCUUUAAAUAUUUAUAUAGUGGUACAUGAUGGGUUUUUUUCUGUUUAUUAUAAUAUAACCUUGCAGACAAUGCUGUUACUGUGGCCGAAAAUACAGCAAAAGAAAAAAUGCACCAUUUUUUAAGUGCGAGUCAGGAUGCUAAUAUGAUGAUGAUAUUUUGUAUAAAGGCUAAGUGUAAUCACUUCAGUUCUAGUCCUGGACUUUUUCCUUUUCACUGUAGCCUAACAUCACUGUUAUUUGUAACAGGAGGGACUCAAGAGCAGCUUGUUCUUUGUACAGUAACCAGAAUUGAUGAAGAGCACUACCAGGGUGAGCUAGUUUUGUUAUUCGUGUACUGUGCAUUUUCAGGGAUGGAAAUAAGACUCCCAUUGCAUAGCAGUUUGCUCCAUUCCUGGUUUUACUCUGAGUUUAAUAAGUCACACUGUGGCUAGUCAAGCUCAUAGUAAAACCUGGAAUGGGUGAAACUGCUACGUAUCAGGAGUCUUGUUUUUAUGAAUACAAACAAGAAGAUAAUAUGGGCGGUCGUGCCCAAUGGUCAAAGUGUAGAAUUGCUAGCAUGUCGACAAAGCAAACAAACGUUUGUGUCCGUCAGUGUGAGAAUUACCUAGAAGCAUUCCUUCCAUUGCAAAUCUUGGAAAUGAGUUUUCUACCUGAAGCACAUAUAGUCUUUCUGAGCAGAUUGUGAACUGUUUUAAAUGAUGCAGGCAUGGAAACAAGACUCUCGUUGCAUAGUGUCUAUUCCUGGUUUUACUGUGAGUUUAAUAAAACAUAGUUGAGCUUGUUACCUAUACACUGUGGUGAGUCAGGCUUGUAGUAAAACCUGGAAUGGGUGAAGCUGCUAUGCAAUAGGAGUCUUAUUGCCAGCCCUGUGAUGGGAGAUUCUAUGCAUUGACUCAGAACUGGGUGAACUGAAACACAUCUUUCAUAACGCUUUAUAACCUCGUUCUAACAUUGUUGAAAACUUGUAAAACUUUCCUUGUAAACCCUGGGGUCAGUUUUAAUUGGGGGGGGGGGGGGGGGGGGAGGGUGUUCAGCGAUUUCUAAAAUCUUCGUACCUAUUUGUGAUGAUUGGAAUAGUUCUGGGUGAUCUUUUGCGUCCCAUUUUGUAUUUUUAUUAACUUGACUUGCUUUACUGAAAGUGGCAUAUUUUCUCCCCCCCCCCCCCCCAAAAAAAAAAAAAAAAAAAAUCUCCACCAAGAACAAUUCUAAACAUUUCUAAAAAAUAGACUGAAAUGUAAUUUUUAUAUUACUGAAUAUUUAUCAGAAGUCUUAUUUGAUACAUUAUUUUAACCUCUGACAUGUUUUUUUUCUGUAAAAAAAAGUUGUUUUUUUUUUUGCUUUUUAUUAAUUUAAAGGCUGUCUACAUGAAUGUGUGGAUGUUAAACUCAUGGCAUCAACAAUCUGUAUAUAAACAUUUACCCUUUUCCAUAUAAAAUGAGUUUGUUUUGUUUGUUUUUUUACAAAAAGGAGAAAGUCCCAUCUUCUGCAUGUAUAUUCUCAAUUGCACGCUGCAGUCUGCAAUGUUGUCUAUAUGUUUAAAAAUAAAGUGACUCAACUGAUUUAAAAAAAAAAAAAACUGUAGAAAAAUAACCCUUUUAAUUUUUUAGUUUAUACUGUGUGUUAGUCGCUCAGGCAUGAGUUUUACUGUGGUCUGUAAUUAAUUAAUACAAUAAAGAAACGUGGAAAAAUAUUAUAACAAUAAAUCUGACAGUUUCAAAACCAGACAUUUUCAGAAACCAAUGACGGUGUUGUUUUUCUAAAGAGUGAUGCUUCCAUUUGUAGAGUAGAGUGAUAUAUUUAAAAAAAAUAAUAA